CUUUAAUUCUCACAGUCGCUUGGAAUGUUGUGACUUCAGCAGCCGGGGCCAUCCAGGCGUUUGGGUAUGAAGGAGGAGAAGCUACAAUAACCUGUCGCACUGAGAAAGGUUACGAGUCCUAUGAGAAGUACUUUUGCGGGACGGGAUGUACAUCAGACAGUGAUGUACUGGUAACUACUUCUCAGGAGCAACGCAACAGGUACAGCAUCACCGACUUCUGGAGCUAUUUCAUGGUCAACAUCUCCCAGCUGAGAAGAUCCGAUGCAGGGAAGUACUGGUGUGGAGUGUCUCGGAACGGACCGGAUGUCUACACAGAAGUCACACUUAAGGUUGAACCAGACAGCUGCUGUGACAAGGUCUCGGAAGUUGAAGUCAGCGAAGGGGAGUCAGCGUCCUUUGUUUGUCAGGGCACAGGCGCACUAAAAUACUUGUGCAAAGCAAGCAAGCCCUCUGUCUGUCUGAGGGAUGCCCUGAUAACCUCAAGGCACUCCAGCAACAGCCGGAUCAGCCUGACUGAAGGUGGAUCUAACGGGCUGUUUGUGUGGAGGAUCCGAAAUGUAAAACGUGAAGACUCUGGGCGGUACCUCAGUGGCGUCAAGAGAAAUCCCGGGCCAGAUGACAUUCGCUCUUUCAUGCUAAAAGUCAAAGACUGGUGUUGUGAGAAAACACUGAGGGUGACAGGCACUGCUGGGAAGCCUCUCACCAUCCAGUGCCACUAUCAGGCGCAGAGGGCAGGACAGAAGAUCUUUGUGUGUAAGGGAGAGCGUCGUGACAGCUGCACCGACGUGGCACCGUCAGCCAACAUGGAACUGAGACUCACCUCAGUAGACACCGUCUUCGAGAUCACCAUGAGAGAAGUGAGCACCAGGGAUGCUGGGACCUACUGGUGUGGUGCCGAGCCGCGGUGGAGCGCUGGCACCUACACUCAGUAUCAUCUGACUGUUGACGUUCCGCAGAUCCAAAGCACCACAGCACCAACAACUUAUCAAAGUGUAAUAACAGCCAAGACACCGGUCGCAGAGUUGGUUCUGCCGCUGUAUGUCAUUGUUCCUGCGCUGCUGGGCUUUUUACUGGUUGCGCUGGUGGUGGCGCUGCUUGUGUGGAGAUGCAAGUUGCGGAAACUGAAAGAAGCUCAAGUCAGCAUGAAGACAGCAGAAGAAGAAGAACUGUACAGUGAUGACAAUGAUUAUGAAAAUGUUGAAAAGCCAAAUACGGCCCAGAGAGGUCCUCAAAUCAUUCACAGCCAAGAGGAUGAAGAGGCGUCUGUGCACCUGAAUGCUGCUACAGAGCAAGUCUAUUGUAAUGACAGUGUUUUCCGCAACAGAGAAACUUCAAACUUAUCAAGGGAGGCAGGUCGAGGACAGAAGCCUGGAAAGGGCUGUGAGAUGGGCAGGAUGAACAGGAAGUGAUGUUCAUGCAAGUGUUCAAACUAUGAAGAUGUACCAUUGUCUUGUGUUCUUUCAGUUUCACGUUCCUUUUGUUACAUUUUAAUAUUUGUCGGUUUUGACUGUGAUAUUCACUGCUGCCUUAAACAUGAUCAGAUGCAUGACAAUGUUCACAAUUGAUAUUUAAUCCACUAUAUUGUAUGAGAUUUUUAUUUUGCCGCAUGUAUUGAAAUUAAUGAAGUGAACACUUGUUUUAGUGCC